CGUGGCAACCAGUUGUUAUUGGUGGAGAAGGCCAGAGUCCUGAGAGAAAACCAUGACCUUCGAUAGGAAAUCUGGAGCACUUGAGUCCUGAGUUAAUUAACAAUUAAACCCCCUGAUUUUGAAUGUGAUGGCUGAUUACCUGUUGUAUGUUGUGAUUGACAAGAGGAUUCAUGACUACUGGUUUUAUUCACAAGAACUAGCUGAUACUAAUUUUGGACCUGAGGAGAUAGGCGUUGCUCUCAUUCUGAAUACUUUCAACAGGCAAAUUCAUCCAUGUCUGCUUAAGAUUGUGCCAAACAUUUAUGGACCAUGUGACUCCUCACAUGUAAACAAUACUUGUAUAGAUAACAAUGUUGGUAAACACUAUAAGUAUAACGAAAUCAACAUUACUCCGGGAGUUUGCUGUGCUGUUGGAGCCACAGAGAUUUGUCCAAUUCUUAAAGCAACUGUCAAAUUAGAAGCUCAUUUUGCCUCAUGUAUUGCUUCAGAACUGAAAUGGUCAUAUAAGUUUAGACGAAGAUUUUUAAGGAGGCUGAAGAAGAGGCAUUCAUUUAUUUAUGAUUAUUAUCCCAGUGAUGGAGACUUCUCUGAUAUAUUUGACGGAUGUUUAGCAGUGCCUUUUGUCAUUGAAAUACAGCCAGUAUAUCCACCACAGAAAAUAGAUUAUGCUUGGUAUUACAGAAUGCAGGGGUUGUUGAUAAAGAAAAUGCAUUUAGAAGAUGCCAUGGCUUGGUUGUCUACAUUAGGUGGUGCUUACUCUUCAUUAGGGGACUAUUUUGAAUCUCAUGCUGUCAUUGCAGGAAAGAUUUCAUUUAAACAGAUGGUAAUUGCUAUGGAGAUGGCAGAUCCAAUUACAAUAUCUAGAUGUAGACUUUUCUUUGCCCUCAGUCUGAUGCAGCAAGGUCACUUCAAGGAGAGUAAAUAUAUAAUCAGGAAACAGCUCAAGUUUGCCAAAAAAGUAGUCAAAGAUGUGAAACUGAUUGCUAUGUGUCGUGGUCUAUGGAAUAAAGUUUGUUAUGUAAUGAACAAUAACCAGGUUUUACCUCAGACCUCUAGUACUGACAGGAAAAGGAAGUCAAAACAAUUGAACUUUGUGACGGAUGCAAAUUAUGAUGCAAAACUAAGAUAGCUUAUAGCUGCUUAGGAAUAUCCAUUCAAACUUACAUUACCCAGGAAAGGUAUUUUUUAAAAUGGGUUCACUUUAAGAAUAUCACUUACAUGUUAAGUUUACACAAAAGUAUUUGACACCCAAACCAUGUUUAGAAUUUGAAGUGCCUUACCUGGGUCUUAUAUAUGUUUUUAUUGAACAGCCCCAUAAUACUUAAAUUGUCUUUUGUCUUCCGAUAUUGGCCACUAAAUAUAAACAACCAGUCAAUAUAUUUUGUUAGUGACUCUCUCAAUUUAUUGCAAAAUUUAAACAAGAUGAUUGAUAGUUUCUAAUUUAUUUUGAUCACCAUUGAUGCACUAAGACCUAAAAAAUAUACCUUUUCUUCCUCCAACAUGUUUAGAGAGAAAUAGCCAGUAGAUAGGCAUUUUUUCCUUUUUUUUCUGGUUUACUGUUUAAACAAUAUUUUAUUCAAAUAAAUUGAAUUGGAUUGAGCAACAGGCAUAGCCUAUGUAAUCCGUCUCCACAAAAGCUUAAAAGCCAAAAAAUAUUUGUUUGUCAAUUUUGAAAUAUCUUAAGGGUAGGUAGCGUUAGCUACACAUGUAUUGAUGUAAGUUUAACUGAUGACUGCAAACAGUGAAAUAUUCACAAGUUUGUUCAUGAUGGCUGCAUUGUUUUUUAAUCACAGUUGUUUUUGAAGUAUUAAUGAAAUCUCAUCACUGUAAUAGAAAUUUAAGUCGAGAACAAAGUCUGCAGAUUUAUGAAGAACAUGUCAUUUUAUUUAUUAGAAUUGCAUAUAUCUCUUUUCAGUUUUCAGUUAUAUAUUUAUUUGAUCUCAGAAAUGAUCUUAAUAAUAUAAAAACAUAUAAAACAUUAUUCAAAUUAUUUAUAGUAGCUAAGAUUUUGAGUAUUAGAAAAGUCUAAAUAUUUAUUAUUUGGCAUGUUUUUUAUUGAUUCAGAAUGAUUUUUUCAUGUUUAUUAUAAAAUGAAUCAAAAUAUAUUUUAAAGAUUUCAGUAAAGAUCUUAUUAACAUUCAAGCUUAAGAUUUCAAGAGAAUCAUCAAGAAAUUGCAGCAAUCAAAGUAGUUUUCACCAUAAAUUAAUGGCAUUAAUUCUCAUCACUUACAAUUUUUCAAAAAAAUUAUUGUGGAGUCAUUUCUGGUUGAAU